UUUUCUGGUUUUUUCCCCACACUUACUCUAGUUAGACUUUUUUGAGGGGGCGAGGGGGAAAGUGAUUCAUGGGGAUCGUUGAAGAAGCUCACAACCUCAAGGUUUUGGGUUCAGGCGACCGACUCAUAGUUUUGGCUCAUGGGUUCGGGACGGACCAGUCGGUGUGGAAGCACUUAGUUCCUCACCUGGUCGACGAUUUCCGUGUGGUUUUAUACGAUAACAUGGGCGCUGGAACUACUAACCCCGAUUACUUUGAUUUCAAUCGUUACGCCACUCUCGAAGGAUACGCUUUUGAUUUGCUCGCUAUUCUCGAAGAACUCCGAUUUGAUUCUUGUAUUUUCGUUGGCCAUUCGGUUUCCGCCAUGGUUGGUGUUAUAGCUUCCAUUUCCCGACCCGAUCUCUUCUCCAAAAUCAUCAUGAUCUCAGCUUCCCCAAGGUAUCUGAAUGACGUGGAUUACUAUGGAGGAUUUGAGCAAGAAGACUUGGACCAACUCUUCGAAGCAAUGGGAUCCAACUACAAAGCCUGGUGUUCUGGUUUUGCGCCACUAGCGGUAGGUGGCGACAUGGAAUCUGUGGCGGUUCAGGAAUUCAGCCGCACCCUCUUCAACAUGAGACCCGACAUAGCCCUCAGCGUGGCUCAGACCAUAUUCCAAAGCGACAUGAGACAAAUCCUCAGCCUUGUCACCGUGCCCUGCCACAUCAUCCAAAGUGUUAAAGACUUGGCUGUCCCCGUCGUCGUCUCUGAAUACUUGCACCAAAACCUAGGCAGCGAAUCCAUAGUCGAAGUCAUGACAUCCGAUGGUCACCUCCCGCAGCUUAGCUCGCCUGAUAUCGUCAUCCCAGUGCUGCUUAAGCACAUUCGUUAUGAUAUCAGUACUGCGUGAAAUUAAGUACUGCGAUUGAUUAUUAAAUAUAUUAAGCAUGUUUUUAAUUUUAAUAAUUUGAAAUGUUAAUCUUAAGUUAUUAUGAAGUUGAUUUCGAUUAGCAAUGCUCAUUCCCUGGCGACUCCGAUCGUUUCUUUUUCUUUUUCGUUUUCAUUUAGUUAGAUUCAGAAUUAUCAGAUCAUUUAUUUGGAAAAUGACGUGUAUGUU